GCCGCCGAUGGCGCCGUACUCCACCGGCCGGCGCGGAUCGCCCGGCCUCUGCUGCGUCGUCUGCGGCGACACCAGCAGCGGCAAGCACUACGGUAUCAUGGCCUGCAACGGCUGCAGCGGCUUCUUCAAGCGCAGCGUUCGCCGCAGACUCAUUUACAGAUGCCAAGCGGGGACGGGGAAGUGUGUGGUAGACAAGGCCCACCGAAACCAGUGCCAGGCGUGCCGGCUGAGAAAAUGCCUCAUCAUGGGUAUGAACAAGGACGCCGUGCAGAAUGAGCGCCAGCCGAGGAACACGGCCACCAUCCGGCCGGAGGUGCUGGCCGAGAUGGACCACGAUCGCGCCAUGAGAGAGGCUGCCGUUGCCGAGACCAUUUACGAGAACUCGGCCCGCCUCCUCUUCAUGGCCAUCAAGUGGGCCAAGAACCUGCCGUCGUUCGCUAGCCUCUCGUUCAGAGAUCAGGUAAUCCUGCUGGAGGAGGCGUGGUCAGAGCUGUUCCUGCUGUGCGCCAUCCAGUGGUGCCUGCCGCUGGAGACGCCGCCGCUGUUCAGUGUCGCGGACCACCUGCAGCACGCGCCGGACGGCAAGGCCGGCCCCGUGGCGGCCGACGUGCGCCGGCUGGCCGACAUCUGCGCCAAGUACAAACUACUCGCCGUCGACCCGGCCGAGUUCGCCUGCCUCAAGGCGGUCGUGCUCUUCAAGUCAGAGACACGCGGCCUGAAGGAGCCGGCACAGGUGGAGAACCUGCAGGAUCAGGCGCAGGUGAUGCUGGGCCAGCACACGCGCGGCCAGCACCUGGGCCAGCCGGCCCGCUUCGGCCGCGUCCUGCUGAUGCUGCCGCUGUUGAAGGCCGUGCCGCCCGCCCGCGUCGAAGCCAUCUUCUUCCGCAGGACCAUCGGCAACACACCCAUGGAGAAGCUGCUAUGUGACAUGUUCAAGAGCUGAAUGGCGCCGGCGGGCGCGCGCGCUGGGACGAGCGGCCGCCAAGGUGGCAGGGCUGGAUAAUUUUGUACGUUA